GGGCUUGUUCUCUUCCUGCUUGUAGAUGAUACACAUGGAUACUUGGGAAUGGGAGGUCGAUUUAGUUUCGACUCCAAGCACCUGCCUUCACAGAAGCUUUCCCCCUCCCUUUCCUCGUGCUCAACGAAAUGUCGGCAGCAAAUUCGGCCAUUGCCCAUGUCCAUGCAAGAAAAAGAGCGAAAACCAAAGGUCGCGGUAGUUGGAGCAGGGUGGGGGGGAUGGGGCGCUGCCAAGGCCCUGUGCGAGAUGGGAUGUGAGGUCCUACUGCUAGAUGGUAUGGAGGAUCCAACCGGGUCAAAGCCGUUGCUGACCCCGACAGGAAAGCCAUUCGAGGCUGGAACAAGAGGAUUCUGGAAGGACUAUCCCAACAUCGAGAACCUGCUGAGUGAGCUUGGAAUCGCUGAGGAUGAAGCAUUCACUCAGUUCACUGGUUCUUCUUUUUACAGUCCGUUUGGCUUGGAGGCAACCGCUCCUGUGUUCAGUUCCAGUUCGCUCCCUCAACUUCCCUCGCCUCUGGGACAAGUUUUCGCAACUUUCACCAACUUCAAGCGGAUUCCUGUGAGCGACAGAACAACGAUGCUCGGGCUUCUGUACUCCAUUCUUGACUUUGAUAGGAGCGAGAAAACUUUCGAAGCAUACGACAGAAUGACUGCGCAUGAGCUCUUCAUCAGGAUGGGCGUGAGUAAGAGGCUCGUUGACGACUUCAUCCGACCCACUCUGCUUGUCGGACUGUUCAAGCCUCCAGAGGAGUUGUCCGCUGCUGUUGCGAUGGAGCUCCUUUACUUCUAUGCCCUUGCCCAUCAGACAUCGUUCGACGUCCGUUGGAUCAAGAAGCAAAGUAUUUCUGAAGUCCUGAUCAAUCCACUUGCAAACAUGUUGAUCGAGAAACAUGGCCUGGAAAUCAGAAGCAAGAGCUUUGUGAAGGAGAUUCUGGUGGACAAAGCAGCGAAAAAAGUCACAGGAAUCACCCUCAAGGGGAAGGAUGGACAGGAAGAAACGAUCGAGAACCUCGACGCCUGUGUACUCGCGCUGGGGGCUAAGGGAAUGAAGUACCUCAUGGCAGGGUCUCCUGCACUGGCGAAGAUUGCUCCUGAGCUAUCUCGCGCUUCUUCGCUUGGGUCCAUUGAUGUCAUUGCGACGAGAAUCUGGCUAGACCGCUAUGUGGUAACGGAGAAUCCCGCAAACGUUCUUAGCAAGUUCGAAGGACUGCGUGGUGCUGGAGGGACUUUCUUCCUUCUAGAUCAGCUGCAACCGGAUCAACGAGCAUUGUGGGGAGGAGAAGAGCCGCAGGGUUCGGUUCUGGCUUGCGAUUUCUAUAACGCAGGAGGACUGCUUCCCCUUUCAGAGCAGGACAUCAUUGACCUGCUGAUGAAGGAGCUUCUUCCUGCUGUCGUCCCUGAGUUUGGGAGAGCAAAUGUUGUCGACUCAUACGUGCAGAAGUACCCGGGUGCAGUGACGUGGUUCUCUCCUGGCUCCUACACGUCGAGACCACCCCUCAAGACGAGCCUCUCUAACUUGGUCUGUGCGGGUGAUUGGGUAAGAAUGGGAGACAGAGAGCACGGAGCGAAAGGUCUCUGCCAGGAGCGUGCGUACGUGUCGGGCCUCGAGGCGGCGAACGCGCUUGGGAAUGAGGGAGUGCUAGGAAGGGAGCGAAAGUUUCGCUCCCACCGAGUCAUUCCUAUCCGUGAGGACGAACCCCAAGUUGUGCUGGGCCGUGUGGCUAACAAACAGGUGAUGGACAUUCUGGCGAAAUUCAAUCUCGACAGCCCUUGGGUUCGAUGA